CCGGGGCCGGGGCAGGAGCGGCGGAGGGGCGAUGGGGAACCUGUUCGGACGGAAGCGGCGCAGCCGCGUCACGGAGCAGGACAAGGCCGUGCUGCAAUUGAAGCAGCAGCGGGAUAAACUGCGGCAGUACCAGAAACGGAUCAGCCUGGGCCUGGAGCGGGAGCGGGAGCUCGCCCGGCAGCUGCUGAAGGAUGGCAAGAAGGAAAAAGCUAUGCUCUUGUUGAAGAAGAAGCGUUACCAGGAGCAGCUGCUGGAUAAGACAGACAACCAGAUCAGCAACCUGGAGCGGAUGGUCCAGGAUAUCGAGUUCACCCAGAUCGAAAUGAAGGUCAUUGAGGGCCUGAAAAUAGGCAACGAGUGUCUGAACAAAAUGCACCAGGUUAUGUCAAUAGAAGAAGUGGAAAGAAUAAUAGGUGAAACCCAGGAUGCUGUGGAGUACCAGAGGCAAAUAGAUGAGAUACUGGCUGGGAGCCUGACUGAGGAAGAUGAAGAUGCCAUUCUAGAGGAAUUAAACACUAUCACUCAGGAACAGUUGGAGCUUCCAGACGUUCCUUCUGAGCCGCUCCCGGAGGAGCCCCCAGCACUGAGUGCAGAGCUGAGCCUGCAGAAAUCUGCUGAGCCUCUGAAAACCGCAGCAAGGAGCCUGCCUGCGUUGGGAGCCACAGGUCAGCCUGUGUGGCCCUGCUCCAUUAGUCUGCAUUCGCCUUUGCAGUGCUCAGGUGGGCUGAGAUAACUCUGCUUCCAGCUGUCAGCUUCCAUAUUUCGUGGCAGGGCAGCGGAAAAAGAGAGAUUGGGCUGGGAUGGGUGAGUUCUGCAGUGAUGCAAAGCGUGCAGCUCCUCGAGUCAGCACCCAGAGGGAUGCUGGCAUGGCCAAGGUGCUGCCAGGGCGUGCAGGUGGAGCUGUGAAACCAGCAGAGCUGCCCGCUUGCAGGUGCUCAUAGGAAUCCACGGAUCUGUAUUUAUCACACUCCUGAAGCCACAACCCUUAACCCUUGUAUCUGAGACAGAGCAGAAGGACCCAGAGGGCCCUCUGAGACUUUUAGUGACUGCUUUUGGGGAUACGCGGCCUGGUGCUAGACAAAUGGGGAGCAAUCCCAGAGGCUGUGCUGGUGAGUCAGCAGCGACUGCGUUUUGUAUUUCCUAAGUCAUGCUUUCUGUUCCACCUUCAUGUGUGAUGUCCCACAGCCCGGCGUGGGCAUUACGUCCUGCUGCCGGGGCAGGAUGUGGGGCGUGAGUGGCAGAGGCAGCCUGCGCUCUGCAGCCGCCCUAUUUUCGGUUCCUCGGCUCUCCCUGUUAAUUAAUGUUGCAUAACAAAGCCGCUGGCUGGCAGGCAGCAGAGCCGCGUUUACAAAGCGGCGUGGCUUUUGCAAACAAACGGCUUUCUGAAUUGAAAGGACAGGUUGAACGCGAUGGCUGUGCCCGUGCCAAGCGCCGAUGGGUGCUGGGAGCCACCCCGCAGCUGCAGUGGCGCAGGGCUGUCUCCUGGGUUACGCUCUGUGAUGGUUUUUCUUUCUGCAAGGCUGUUGCUUCCCUCUGUUACAUCCUGGGUGGUUGCAGUGCUCACUUUUUCCACCAGAGAGAGCCUCGUCUUCGCACUGCUCUCAUCAGCAUUGUUGUUCCUUACGUCUCCUUUACUCCGUUGCUAGCCUGGUGUCUGCGCCUUUAGUUUGACCCUAUUUAAUUUGUAACUCCUAGGAGUGGAUGCUGGGCUCCCCCUAUACGGUCCUUAAGGGACCUCUCCUGGGGCACGGCUCUUGCUGCCAGUGCUCUGAGCAGACCCUGUUCUGCAGGGUGGGCACACCUUGCCCCCCCCUACUCCACUCCCCCCAGGUCCUGGCAGCAGGGGAGCCCCCAGCAGACCCUCCCCGAGGCCGCAGAGGUGCUGGGCUGAGUGCUGAGCCCAUGUCUGUGUGCUGCUGUGGUCAGGGCUGCGGUGCAGGAGGGGUUAAUGCGGCUCCCAGCUUUGGGAAAGGCCGCGCUCUGACCUCCCCACAGGAAAGUUGCAAGCAGAUUGCCAGCAGCUUCCUCUCCUAAUCCCUGUACCAAACAGAUUGUACCGUGUCUCCUUGGGAGGAAGCGCCAGGAGUGCUGUGUGACCUCUGUGGUGUGCUGUAACAAUAAACAGCUUCUAAUGGUU